AUCGCGGUUUGAAGUUCGGGGUUCGAGUCGGUCAGCGCCGGUUUGAGUGGGCUCGUCUGGAGAUUGGAGGCCGGCGGACUGGACUCGCCGUGUGCCGACCAGACGCCCGGUCCGCGCCGCCCAGUCACGUGGUCGCUGGCCCUGUCCGCGCCGCCCAGUCACGUGGUCGCUGGCCCUUUACGGACCGCCCAGUCACGGUGUGACGGUCCAUAUUUCGCUCUGUGAGCCAACUGUGAGCCAACUGUUCCAACAGAGCCUGGCUGAAUUGUUGAUUGAAUUGGUGACGACGUAACACAACUGGUACAAUGUUCAUGGGGUGGAAGACUAUGCUGGGGGUGGCCCUCGGCACCUGUGUGCUACACACCCUACACACGGUGACUCUCAACACUUUCAAAAGUGGCAUAGGCACGUCCUCAAUACCAGAAUGGAAAAUACUGCUAGUCGCCGAAGAGAUGGUGGCCACGGUGAACGCGCUGAUGGCGGUGGCCGUCGGCUGGUACACGGUCAACCGCACCGGGCACGACAUCAUCAACGCGCGCGCGCCGCUCAUCUACGACUGGACGUGGCUGGUGCUGCUCUACUUCGUCUACGACAUCUGGGCCAUGUACCGCGUGCACGCGGCCAAACUCGAGUACCGCGGCUCGCUGCUGGAGCGCGUGCGCGACUUUGUGCGCGUCAAGCGGCUGCUGAUCGUCCACCACGUGGCGAUCACGCUGCUGGGCGGCCCAGUGGCGCUGCACCUCCGCGGUAGCAGGGGCGACUUUGUGAUCGGCUGCUUCUUCCUUCUGGAGCUGAGCACACCGUUCGUCGCGCUCAGAGCCACACUGGCCGCGUUUGAUAAAAAGACCACCCUCUUAUACAAGGUGAACGGUGUUAUGAUGGUGGUUGCAUUCUUCAUCUGCCGCAUUCUCAUAUUUCCGUUUAUGUACGUCGCCUGUGCAAGAACGUACGAAGUGUCAGUCAUACAGGUGCUGGCCAAGAUUCCGUGGUACUGCCACACGGGUAACGUGCUGAUGCUGGCGCUGCAGCUGCACUGGUUCGCUCUGAUGGCCCGCGGCGCCGUGCGGGUGCUGCGCUCCGGCGACGCCCGACAAGACAUCAAGGAGGAGUAGUCGCCGCCUGCCUUCUGUGGCCGGCUCACACUAGACCCAUGUCACAUCUCUGUCACUGCGUGCAUCCCCCAUACGUCUGGCCAGGGAACACGGGCUGCGGGUGAUGAGCCGUGCAGCCGAUCCGCCCGACACGGCUUGUGCAUCUUCACAAGCUAGCUCCUUCACUUCACAGUGAUUUUUCACCUAAACAUAGGAUCUGUACCUGAUGUAGAUGACCAUCCAUAUGUUAUUUCUGAGCUCAGACAUCUAAUUGCUACUUAAUUUGAAGACUAACUAAUUCAAAGGAAAAGUUGUAAAACAUGCCUUAUAUUUUGUCCAUCAGUACUAGUUGAUUGCAGCUGCUUUGAAACUCAAUUGCUUCACGUAUCCAACAUUGUAUUUCUCGUUGUUGGAACCCUAACUGGAUGAGUGAUUAUAAACUUUUGGAGCAAGAUUUGGAGCGUAGGUAUACACAAUGAUAAAUUGAAGAGGCAUUCUCCCAUGUUUGUUUCAGUGUUUCAACUAAUUACUUAACUGCUAAGCCAUAUCUCCUAAUAACUUUGGAGAAGCUGGCCGGAGAAUUUUCCAUGGGGAUAUAUUAUAUCCUCAUGCUUUAGCAGUCUUUUUACUUAAAUUUCUAGAUACCUUCGGCUUAUGUUUAGAUGUGCAUGAUGAUAUCGCUAUCGUCGAUGCAUCUCUGCUGAACUAUGAGAGAUCUGUAGAAUCACAUCUUUAUCAUUCAGCAUGCGCAGCAUCACUACUUAAAAGGGAACAAAUGUGUGCUUGUUGUGACAACGGACCCUUCCAAGCGUUGUAUGCAGCCUCCGUUUCAAUGUGCCCUCGAAUUUACCAUCGUGCAGAAAAGUGUCUUAAUCGGACGUGUUGCAAUGUCGCAUCUCCCCUCGGGGGCAGGGUCCUUCCUGUGAUAACUUUCGAUGAGAAAUUGUCCGGUGGCCAACGGGGCUGUGUUAUUGGUACGGCGCGGGAUGUGUGUGUGCGUGAGUGUGCAGCUUUGACUUUCCACCGUGGCCGGUGUAGCGGAUAGCGCACAGGGCACGCACAGUAGGGCAAGCGUCGCCGGGGUCGGAUAGGGGAUAACCAUAGGGGACGUCUCUAAUAGCGUUCUUUCCUGGUCAUAUUAUGGGAUGCUAUCCGUAGCAUAAAGUGAAAGUCCAUUGCGUACUGAAAUCGCGAGCGAUGAUGUGCAUUGAUCCAAGCAAUUAAUGUUCUGCUCUUUGCCGUGCGGCAUCUGAUUCAAGACUCCGCCAAAGUGGAUUAAUUCGGGUAGCGGUAGCCGCUGAGUUGACUGUUCGCCGCUGCGUUCCGGCUGGUAUCCGCGCUUCCCACUGCCGCUGUGUUUUACUCCGAUCCGAUUCGCCCGCGGUGGGAUAGCUGCUGUCUAUCGUCAUCUAGUCUGUCGGCAUAGUGUGCUGGGAAAGGUGCCUUUGUGCGCAGUGUGGGUGUCUUCGCUUAGCGAGCGUAUUUAACUGUCUGCUGUUACGAACUUGUGAUGCUCGUCUAGCUGUUAGUGAUUUAUGUUUAUUACUUAUUGUGUGCUUAUCUGGUCAUUGAACGGCGAGUACUAUUGGUAACGUAUCGUGUGUGAAUCGAUCGAUUGUUGUAGAGCUUAGGCUGUCUCACCUUUGCUUAUAUGUGCGCCAUAAUACAUGUAGCGUGUUUUAUUUCA